CUCCCCGUAAAAAAAUCGCGUUCCGGGGCUCAAAAUACACGUUUUGGCGGGGUUCCCUUGGUAAAAUUCGCACUCCGUGAGCUACAUACCACGUUUUCAGGCCGAGGACAUGAAAAACAACCCGCGGCAACAGUGAUAAAGUAACCCAAUUCGUUGUAUAAUUGCAAAAAUACUCGUAGGACUUUGUGAAUGGUGAACCUGGAGGACUUUAAGACCAAGGAAGAGUUGCAGCACAGCAUUCCAGCAGCUUUCGCAAAGGAUCUCUUUAUUUGUGGAAAUGGGUUUCUCCACACCCCCCUGUCUGCCUCACAUGUUGAAAAAAGCCAGUGUAGAAACACACACGGCCGCUGUUACCUCUCGAGCAGAAGUGCGGUGCUCACCUGUGGUAGGCUAGGACAGGUAACGUUAACGAAUGUCCAGGUAGUGACCAGCACACUCUCCACUGUCUUACUGGAUUCACGGUCUUCCCUUCCUCUUUGGAAUGAGUUUCUGGAGACGGAACAAGAAGAAUGACGACAAAAAGGAUCAACUCAAGACUGAAGAGUCGCUGGACAGCCCCACGUCUCCAUCUGAGUCACCUAAUAUAGAGAAAGACGGGCUGGACCCUGUCAUCACUGAUUAUGAGUCAGAGAGGUCUGACCUGUCAGUGGCUCUUCAAGACUGCAUGGUGGCACUGGAUCUGUUCCUGCGAAAUGAAUUUGAGGAGGCUUUGACCAGACUUAAGAGCAGGAAUAAAGACAGCAUGUAUCACGCACUCACGUAUGCCACAAUACUGGAAAUGCAGGCCAUGAUGACCUUCGACCUGGAGGACAUCUUGGCUGCAGGCAACACAAUGAAAGAAGCACAGGCUGUGUGUCAACGAUACCGUAAAAAGUCUUCCUUCAACAGCAAAAACUUCACAGAAGAGGAGCUCCAUGCUGAAGUGUGCUAUGCUGAAUGCCUCCUCCAGAGGGCAGCACUCACUUUCCUGCAGGAUGAAAAUAUGAUCAGCUUCAUAAAGGGAGGAAUGAAAGUGAGAAACAGCUAUCAAAUAUACAAAGAGCUGCAUACAGUCCUGAAGUCCGCAAGUUAUGUUCAAGGUGACAAUCAUGGUCAUUUUGAGGGAGGCGUUAAGCUCGGGGUCGGGGCCUUUAACCUGAUGCUGUCGUUGUUGCCAACACGGACUCUCAGGUUGUUGGAAUUUGUGGGCUUCUCUGGUAACAAAGAGUUUGGUCUUCAGCAGCUCCAGGAGGGCUCUGCUGAACAGACAUUUCGGUCUUUCCUUUGUAACAUGUUGUUGCUUUGCUACCACACCUUCAUGAGCUUCAUUUUGGGCACUGGAGAGGGAGAUGUGGAAGAUGCAGAAAAACUGCUUCAGCCUUAUCUGAAAAAGUAUCCAACGGGAUCCAUUUUCCUGUUCUUCGCUGGUCGAAUAGAGGAAAUUAAAGGAAAUCUGGAUGCUGCCAUCAAGCGUUUUGAGGAGUGUUGUGAAGCUCAGCAGCACUGGAAGCAGUUCCAUCACAUGUGUUACUGGGAACUGAUGUGGUGUUUCACCUAUAAAAGGCACUGGAAGAUGGCCUACUUCUACGCAGACCUGCUCAGCAAAGAGAACGCAUGGUCUAAGGCCACAUAUGCGUAUAUGAAAGCAGCUUACCUCAGCAUGCUGAGUCGUGAGGAAUGCCAGCCGUUCGGGGAGAAUGAGGUGGCUUUGUUUAGACAAGUUCCCAGUCUGAAGCAGAAAAUAGCUGGGAAGUCAUUGCCCACAGAGAAGUUUGCCAUCAGAAAAGCUCGACGCUAUAAUACAGAUAAUGCCAUUCCUCUUCCUGCACCUCCAUUGGAGAUGAUGUAUAUCUGGAAUGGCUACACUGUGAUUGGGAAGCACAAGGACCUUACAGAGGGCAUGCUGAAGACCCUUGAGGAGGCCCAGGAGACGCUUGAGCAACAUCCAAGGACUGAGUUCACCACAGAUGACCAGUGUGUGGUUAGUCUGCUUAAGGGGCUCUGUCUCAAACACUUGGGUUUCAAGGAAGAAGCUGAACAUUACUUCACCCUCGUCCUCUGCAAUGAGAGUCAGAUUAAAUAUGACCACUACCUGGUGCCCAAUGCACUUCUGGAACACGGUUUACUGUGUUUGGAGCAGGGCAGAACAGAGGAGGCCAUCAAACUUCUGGAGACAGCCAAGCAAAAUUACAAAAACUACUCCAUGGAAUCACGGACUCACUUCCGGAUCCAGGCAGCUCUACAUAAGGCACGAGGCACAGCUGUGAAUGGAGACCACUGCUCACCCUCCAGCCCUUAACGGUUGGGGUCAUUGCUGGGGUCACAGCAAGCCAAGAUCAGGCUUGACGUGGGUUGCCAUAUGCCAAGAGGAGGACUAAAGGAGCACAUGACUGAUCAGACCUGAGCUGAGCUUAUAGUGACAAAUCAUCGUCAUUGAAUGACACACACAGAGAUUAUACAGUACAUAGACAACGGCUGCAUGAAUGAUGUUACGUGAAGUGCAAUGCAGUUCACUUAAGACACAGAAGUGACAUCAUGCUGUUAUGAUGUCAUAUAAAUAAGACUGUGCUGUUAGAAUAUUGUAAAUGUAACAUUAUGAAUAAUGAUAAUAAUAAUAUAACCCAAGAUAUAAGUUAUAUCAGUCCAAUAAUAUUAUACUGGUACUUCGUGCUAAGAACAUUGUCACUCAGAACAAAAAUAAGGCCAUCUGUCAAUCAUAUUGGCUGCUUUCGAAGCUUUUGUUGGUAAUGCUCUCCACUGUUGGUAGCCCUGUGACAUCAGCAGCCUAGACGUGGCUGUGCCUUACAGCUAACUGUUUGAUUUGGAUUUAAAGCACAUGUGCACAAAUAUUAGUUUACUUUUAAUCUUUGGAGUAUAAAUAGGUUAUAAAAUAAGCCUGUUGUCCAGAGGUUGUAUGAUGAAUGUUCAUGGGUUACUCUUUGGUUAGAGUACUGUGGCCUU